AUGGACAAAGUGGAGCGAGUUAUGAAGAUGGUGAAGAGGAUGUCGCCCAGGAAGAAAAGGAGAGAAGGAGGGAAAACCGGGGGACCGGGAGAUCUGGAGAGCCCGGAUACUUUGUGUGACGAACUCUGCCGCUUCAGCCUCUGCAUCAGUGAUGACGGACCAUAUGGAAAAACGAAAGAUAUCUCCGGACCAGAACAGACCAUGGCCUCCAGAAGACACAGUAUACCAGAAGCUCUGCGGGGGGUGACUAUGGUGGAGCUGGUGAAGAAGGAAGGCAGCACGCUGGGCCUCACCAUCUCCGGAGGAACAGACAAGGAUGGGAAACCCCGGGUGUCGAACCUGCGGCCUGGAGGGCUGGCAGCCAGGAGUGACCAGCUCAAUGUGGGUGACUACAUAAAGUCUGUGAAUGGCAUCAAUCUGACCAAACUGCGGCACGAAGAGAUCAUCAGUUUACUGAAGAACGUCGGGGAGAGAGUCCUGCUGGAGGUGGAGUACGAACUGCCCCCUACAGCUCCAGACAGCACCUCAGGGGUUAUAUCAAAGACAAUCGACAUCUGUUUGCACAAGGAGGGGAACAGCUUUGGAUUCGUGAUGAGAGGUGGUUCACAUGAAGACUGGCACAAGUCGCGCCCCCUAGUGGUCACCUACAUCAGGCCAGGAGGGCCUGCAGACAGGGAGGGAACUCUGCGCCCCGGGGAUCGUCUCCUCAGUGUGGACGGCGUCCCGCUGCACAACGCCAACCACUGCGACGCCCUUAGCGUGUUGGCUCAGUGUGGCCAGGAAGCCCUGUUCCAGAUAGAGUAUGACAUCACCAUCAUGGACACAGUAACGAAUGCCUCCGGGCCGCUGUUGGUGGAAAUAGUGAAGUCGCCGGGAGCAACGCUGGGCAUCACGCUGACAUCGGCCAAUCAUCGGAACAAGCAGGUCAUCGUCAUCGACCGGGUUAAACCUGGCAGCGUGGUGGACAGAUGUGGAGCGUUGCAUGCUGGGGAUCAUCUGCUCUCCAUAGACGGGACGUUGACAGAACACUGUACGGUCCUGGAGGCAACACAGCUCAUAGCAAGCACAUCAGAACUGGUGAAACUGGAAAUCCUCCCCUCCUAUCAAACAAGACUGAAUGGGAAACAGCACGACACAGUGAAGGUUCAGAAGUCGGACCACCCCCACUCCUGGGACCCCUGUGUGAACUUCGGUCAUACUUUAAACUCCAGUCUCUGCAACACAAGUGCUACCCUCAACAAGUCGUGGACCGCCUCGAAUAAUAACACCAUCAACAGCCUCGACUACUGCAAGUCUCUAGUAUCAGCCAGUUUCUCUCCCGGCUCUACGACAACAUCGGGCCCCAGUAGCCAGAGCUCCAGCACCCUGCCAAGGCCUACAGUUCCCAUGAGUCCACGUAACUCGCUGCUUAAACGACGGCAGAGAAAGAAAGAGCACAAAAGCUCCUUGUCCCUGGCGUCCAGUUCAGUGGGUCCCGGUGGUCAGGUGGUUCAUGUGGAGACCAGUGAGGUUGUCCUAACAGGCGACCCACUCAACGGCUUCGGUGUCCAGCUGCAGGGAGGAAUAUUUGCCACCGAAACGCUUUCUGCACCCCCACUCAUCCGAUUCAUAGAGCCCGACAGCUCUGCAGAGAGGUGUGGCCUGCUGCAGGUUGGAGACCGCCUCCUGUCAAUUAACGGGAUCCCCACAGAGGACGGAACACUAGAAGAGGCCAAUCAGCUUCUCCGAGACGCGGCACUGACCAAUAAGGUCUCCUUGGAUAUUGAGUUCGAUGUAGCAGAGUCGGUGGUGCCUAGCAGUGGUACAUUCCACGUCAAACUGCCGAAGAAAAGAGGAGUGGAGCUGGGGCUCACCAUCAGUGUCAGUAAGAAGCAAGGAGAGCCCCUCAUCAUCUCUGACAUCAAGAAGGGCAGCAUGGCCCACAGAACGGGGACCCUGGAGCCUGGGGACAAGCUGCUGGCCAUCGACAACAUCCGGCUGGAGAACUGCUCCAAAGACGAGGCGGAGCAGAUCCUGCAGCAGUGUGAGGAGCUGGUCAAACUGAAGAUACGCAAGGACGAAGACAACUCAGAUGAGCAGGAGACCUCGGGCAGCAUCAUCUACACAGUGGAGCUGAAGAGGUACGGGGGCCCUCUGGGCAUCACCAUCUCAGGCACCGAGGAGCCCUUCGACCCCAUCACUAUAUCCGGCCUGACCAAGAGAGGCCUGGCCGAGAGGACAGGGGCUAUUCAUGUAGGGGACCGGAUCCUGGCGAUCAACAGCAUCAGUCUGAAAGGGAAGCCCCUGAGUGAGGCCAUCCACCUGCUGCAGAUGGCUGGGGAGACCGUAACUCUCAAGAUCAAAAAACAACUGGACAAUAUAGAGGAUAGGAAGGCAGCAGAGGCAGAGGACACAACGGAAAACGAGAUCAGUGACACUGAGGAGGAUGAUUUGACGGACAGCCAACAGACCAAUAAGCUCUCAGAGCUUUACUCCACAACCAUACCCAGCGUGGACUCUGCCAUGGAGUCAUGGGACGGCUCAGGGAUGGACGCUGGAUAUGGCAGCCAGGGUACAUACAACCACCAGGCCGCUGGUAUUGCCCUCCACCCCCACGAGUGGCGUAGCGCCAAGCAGCAGCGCAGCACCACACCUCCACCCGGACGCCGGAAGAACUACCCGUUCAGUGACGGAGGCUUCAGUGAGGAUGACUGGGACAAACCACCAGGAUUUAUCGGCCAACAACCAGAUGGUAUAAUGUUGGAUCCAGAUGACAGUUUCUGGUGUCAGGCGCUUGAGGAUCUGGAGACGUGCGGCCAAUCAGAACUGCUCCGAGAGAUUGAGGCGUCAAUAAUGACAGGAACAGCCAUCAGUCUGGGUGUAGAAGGUGCUAACAAGCCUCAAGCUGAGCCCAUACUGACCCACAGCAGGAUGAGCCCGCUGCGGAGAAAUUCCCUCCUGCACCAGGGAAACCUGUUCCACCAGGGGACACACCUGCACGAGCAUGCUCACCUGCAUGAGGAGGCCCAACUCCACCAAGACGCCCACCUGCUCCAGGAGGCCCAUUUCAACCAUGAGGCCCACCUGCAGCAUGAGGCCCACCUGCACCAGGGGGCCUACAUCCACCAAGAUAACCAAUCCCUCCUGCACCAUGAUUCCAAGCCUAAAGCCUCCCUGAGAGUGUCAGAGAGGACGUGGGAGUCUCGUCGGAUCAAAGAGGAGAUGCAGGGCAUUCUGUCCCCAACGCCUCUGGAGCUGCACAAAGUAACUGUGAUAAAGGAUCCAGAGAUCGACGACUUUGGCUUCAGCGUGUCCGACGGCUUCUUGGAGAAAGGAGUUUAUGUCAACAUGAUCAGACCUGACGGGCCAGCUGACCGAGCGGGCCUCCGACCCUACGACAGGAUCCUGCAGGUGAACCACGUGAGGACCAGGGACUUUGACUGCUGCCUGGCGGUGCCCCUGAUCACAGAGGCCGGGGACAGACUGGAGCUGGUCAUCAGUCGUAACCCACUGGCCAAUGACGACGACGACGCAGAGGACAAUAACAACACGUUUGACCAUCAUCUAGACCUGUAACACACAAACACACACAGCAAAGACAGUCAGAUAGAUCUCUCCACAUACUGUACAUGCACAUGCACAUACUCUGCCACACCGGCAGGGGAUGUACAAUAACUGGUGAUUAAGUUGCAACUGAAACUGGCCCAAACCCACACCACACUCCACCGGCUUGCAAUAGUUCUACUGAAACACAGAGACUCCUUCAGGAACAAACACACACUGUGAAUUGCAUGCUCACACAACCACCCCUUCCCAUUCA